CAACAACUCAUAUACGCAUGCGCGAGUAAAUAGACUAUCGCGAUAUUUUGCAGAGCACAAGUGCUGUAGUUUUUUCCCCAGUCUAAUCUGUGGCUCCUGCCCAUUGGAAAACGACAAUUCCCAAAAACACACACAAUCUAUCGUCCGUGCCGUGGGUGUUUGCAAUGGUGGUGUCGGUGGGACAUUGAAUGACUUUGGCUCCAUCACGAAACUAGCUAGGUUUUAUUCAUUUUAUUUAUAAAGCGCGAGCAUGGAGGCUCUUAUCCCCGUAAUAAACAAGCUGCAAGAUGUAUUUAACACCGUGGGAGCGGAUAUCAUACAGCUGCCGCAGAUAGCAGUAGUGGGGACUCAGAGCAGUGGUAAGAGCUCAGUGUUGGAGAGCCUGGUGGGUAGAGACCUGCUGCCUCGUGGGACUGGCGUCGUCACUAGGCGACCUCUCAUCCUCCAACUGGUCCAUGUAGAUCCUGGAGAUGCAAGGAAAAAUGAGGACGGAGGCAGAGAAGGUGAAGAGUGGGGCAAGUUUCUGCACACAAAAAAUCAGAUCUACACAGAUUUUGAAGAAAUCCGGCAAGAAAUUGAAAAUGAAACGGCGCGAAUAUCUGGGAAUAAUAAGGGGAUCAGCGAUGAUCCCAUUCAUCUGAAGAUAUUUUCUCCUCACGUUGUCAACCUCACGCUGGUGGAUCUGCCUGGAAUCACUAAGGUGCCCGUGGGUGAUCAGCCUAAUGACAUUGAGGUUCAGAUAAAAGAUCUAAUCGUGAAGCACAUCUCCAACCCUAACUGUAUCAUCCUGGCCGUCUCCGCGGCGAACACAGACAUGGCCACCUCGGAGGCCCUCAAGGUGGCCCGGGAGGUCGACCCCGACGGCAGGAGGACACUGGCUGUGGUGACCAAGCUGGACCUGAUGGACGCCGGCACUGAUGCCAUGGACGUGCUGAUGGGCAGAGUCAUUCCUGUUAAACUGGGUCUCAUUGGAGUCGUCAACAGGAGCCAGCUGGACAUCAACAAUAAAAAGUCUGUGUCCGAUGCCAUUCGGGACGAACACGCUUUCCUGCAGAAGAAAUAUCCGUCUCUUGCCAACAGGAACGGAACCAAAUACCUGGCCAGAACCCUGAACAGGUUACUGAUGCAUCACAUCCGAGAAUGCCUCCCUGAGCUGAAGACACGGAUCAACGUCCUGGCAGCCCAGUACCAGUCCCUGCUCAGCAGCUACGGCGAACCUGUGGAAGACCAAAGUGCCACCUUGCUCCAGCUCAUCACAAAAUUUGCCACCGAGUACUGCAACACCAUAGAGGGCACGGCCAAAUACAUCGAGACGGCAGAACUGUGCGGCGGAGCCAGAAUUUGUUACAUAUUCCACGAGACUUUUGGCAGAACAUUGGAGUCGGUGGAUCCUCUGGGAGGACUCAGCACCAUCGACAUCCUAACAGCCAUAAGGAACGCCACAGGCCCGCGUCCAGCCUUGUUUGUGCCUGAGAUUUCCUUUGAGCUGUUGGUGAAGAAGCAGGUGAAACGCCUGGAGGAGCCCAGUCUGCGCUGCGUGGAGCUGGUCCACGAGGAGAUGCAGAGGAUCAUCCAGCACUGCAGCAACUACAGCACACAGGAGCUGCAGAGAUUCCCUAAGCUGCACGAGGCCAUUGUGGAAGUAGUCACCUCCCUCCUGAGGAAGAGGCUGCCGGUCACCAACGAGAUGGUGCAUAACUUGGUUGCAAUAGAGCUGGCCUACAUCAACACCAAACAUCCAGACUUUGCAGACGCCUGUGGGGUCAUGAAUAACAACAUAGAGGAGCAAAGGAGAAACCGGAUGAGAGAGCUGCCCUCUUCAGUGCCCAGGGACAAGUCUGUUGGCAAAGGCCCGGCUGGCCCAACUGGGGUUUCUGGCGAGCCUUCUGCGUCUGCAGCCGACAUGGACGGUGCCAAGGCUGCAGGGCCCCAGGGUGAGCAGGACAGCACAGGGAACUGGAGGGGGAUGCUGAAGAAAGAAGAGGAAGCCACCGGCUCCGGACCUGGAAGCCCACUUAAAGGAGUUGUCAACCUGCUCGAUGUGCCUGUGCCGGUGGCCAGGAAGCUGUCAUCACGUGAGCAGCGGGACUGUGAGGUCAUCGAGCGCCUCAUCAAGUCUUACUUCCUCAUCGUUCGCAAGAAUAUACAGGACAGUGUGCCGAAGGCAGUGAUGCACUUCCUGGUCAACCAUGUGAAGGACAGCCUCCAGAGCGAGCUUGUUGGCCAGCUGUAUAAGUCUGGCCUCCUCAACGACCUGCUGACUGAAUCGGAGGACAUGGCCCAGCGGCGCAAGGAGGCCGCUGACAUGCUACAGGCGUUGCAAAAAGCCAGCCAGGUUAUCGCUGAGAUCAGGGAAACACAUCUGUGGUGAAGAAUCAACAAAGGGAGCUGACAUGUUAUCUCCUCAUCAUGCCUAAAGGGCCGACGCUCCAUGCACUCAUCAUGUCUGAACAUGAAGUUUGGAUUUGCAACCAUGAAAAUGCACUGUUCUGAUCCCUGCUCAAAGUAGGUAUCAUUGGCUCACAAGCUACCUGAAAGAAAUGUAAGUUAAAGUUUAUUUAAAAUGCUUGGUGUUGUCUAGAGUAUGCAAAUGCCCUGCAUCUGUUAGCUAAUGUUCAAGAGAACGUUUUAGAAACUGCAGUUGUCACCCAUAGCUCCUGGAGGAAUCGAGAGUGCUGCCAAAGGCAAAGUACUUAAUUUUUGACAGACUGUGGCUAACCACUAUGGAAAUGGACUUUUGUGUGAAGUGGAAAUUAAAGUUUUGAUGCCAUUUUGGCAGCUCCACAAAGCAUUGUGCUAAUGUUAAACUUGGGCUCGAGGUUAUAUUUAAAAAAUCCAAAACAAUAUUCAUCUGAUCUGUAACGGUUCCAUUAGCUGUCAUGUGUCAGAAACAUGGACCCUCAGAAGUCCUAAUGUAACAAAACAGCAGCGAUCAGUUCACUGAAGUUUUACUGGCAGCAAAUGUUAGUCUUCCUGCCUGUGUACAUACAUCACUUUAUUUUUUGCACUUGUCACACUAAUGUAUAGACAGUCCAUCAUCCUGACACUAUAUUGCAAUCAGAAUCAUUUAUUUAUUAAUGUGUUAUUUAAAAGUGGAUAAUGUCAAGCACUGUAACAGCUUGCUGCGGUAAGUCCUUUAAUUAUGUUUACAUAUCGCUGCCUACUUGUGAAAUUGAUGGUGCACUGUGUGGUACUUUGUGUACAAGAAUAAACAGAGGUAUUUUAUUGCCACUUGAAUGA